AGAUUUAAUCAUCAUCACACCGCCGCGAAGUGCAUCCGACAGCGGAGCAUCUGUACUUUUUUCUCGUAUUUCGACACGCCUUGUCUUGGGCAAGUAUAACUACUGCGACACCCAACUUGGCUUUUGUCCCUUAUAGCAAUCAUGUUCAGGUCCCAAGUCUUCCGACAGGUAGCCCGCACGACCACAGCGCAGCUCCCUCGUGCAGCCUUCCGCUCGGUCCGGCCAGCUGUUCCUUCAAUUCGACAAUUCACAUGCUCGCCUAGUCGUCUUGACAAAGACCACAACAACGAGGACGAUGUCAAUGCGGCCACAACAUCGGGCGAGCCUGGCGAGAGUGGAGAACAUGAGGGCCAGUAUGCACGAACCCGCGACGACAUCGUGGUAGAAUACCCCGAAGAGAAGGACCUGCCACCUUCAAACCCCGUCGUGGGCCGAGGAGGUGAGCACUUCAAGCGCACUCUGGCCUCCUUCUCCAUGGAGGGAAAGGUGGCAGUCGUCACUGGUGGUGCUCGAGGCUUGGGCUUAGUCAUGGCCCAGGCUUUGGUGACUUCGGGAGCUGAUGUAGCCAUUGUCGACAUGAACAAGGAGGAGGGUGAGCGCUCGGCGCAGGGUCUCAUUGACAUCUUCAAGAAGGAAAACCCUGGAUCCUCAAAAGUUCCCAAAGUUACAGCUCAUUUCUGCGAUGUCUCGAGCCCAACCUCUGUCAACCAAUCAUUCGCAGAGAUCUUGAAGAAGCACGGCAAGGUGGAUAACCUUGUUACGUCUGCUGGCUUCACCGAAAACUACGAUGCCAUCUCGUACCCCCACGACCGCAUGCAAAAGCUUUGGGGCGUCAAUGUCGACGGUACCUAUUUGUAUGCUGUGGCAGUGGCUAAACACCUCAUGGAGAGGAAGGCUCCCGGAAGCAUUGUCAUGAUUGGCAGCAUGUCUGGUGCCAUUGUCAACGUCCCGCAACCCCAGGCUCCCUACAACGCCGCCAAGGCAGCUGUACGCCAUCUGGCAUCUAGUUUGGCCGUCGAGUGGGCAGGUGCAGGCAUCCGUGUGAACUGCAUUUCUCCCGGAUACAUGCUUACCGCACUAACCAAGAAGAUUCUUGACGACAACCCAGACCUGCAGAAGCAGUGGACUUCGCUGAUCCCUGUCGGUAAAAUGGGACGUCCCGAGGACCUAAUGGGUGCCGUCACCUUCUUGUCCAGUGAUGCCAGCUCCUAUGUUACCGGAGCGGACCUCCGAGUGGACGGCGCGUACACUUGCACGUAAACAGAGGCGCAAAACUAGAGUGGGAAGAUGCGAGUAGCGUUGCGACAUUGAUGCUGGGGUGUGAAUAGACGAUGAUGCAGCUAUGCGAAGUUGGCCAGUAAAGGCAGGACCAGAUACCGGCGUUGGUGCGAGGACAAUGUGCAAGGCAUGACACAACUUUAAGCCUUCACCUAGUGAAGGUCAGCAAUGUACCAAAUGUAAAACCAAAAACUAGCUCAGUAAUGCAAAAAGUGUCUUGGUCG